CAAAAAAAAAAAAACAUCCAUACUAAAAUAAAAAUGUGGUGUACUAACGAGGUCACCUGGUGAAGGUGGGGUAGGGCUGGACUUUCACAGAAGUAUCUGUGGUAGUCCAGCGAGGUGCUGCUACUUCCCAACAACUUGAUGUAUUAGCCUUGCACAAUGACACCUCAACCUCACUGGUUACAAUACUUCUACUGCACAAAGUAGUAUACAGUACCUCAUGAUAAUAGCAUGCAUAUCAGAAUUAAUGCUCUAGACUAAAAGAUUUUAUGAGAACAAAGUAUUGCUAUCCAAAAAAAAGAUGUCCAAGUUUCAUCACACUUCAUGUCAGAGCAAAGGAUGAAAGUGUGCUACUCAAGGGUGGGAGGUUGUGCAUGCCUGCCUAAAUAUAUUCUAACAUGUGAGCUCUUAUUACUCUUUUGUGUUUAAGUUAAAAUAACAUUUGCUAUGUGUUUUUUCCUUUCAUUUUGUACGUGUAAUUUAGUGUAUACUUACUUGGUGUCAAAGGUGUCAAACCAUCAUAUAUUUUCACCUCCAGUGGACCACACUCGAAGGAUGACACACAAACCCAUUGGUUUCCAUUGAUGUGUAGAAUCUGCACAAAUUCACUCUUGGGAUUACCUGUAACUGCAUAACUGCCGUGAAUCUGAAAUAACGCUGUAUGCUGCAGACCAUCUACUCCAGGGAAUUGUUUUUGGAGGAUGGUCUGAGCAUAGUUCACAUGGUCAUCUGUCAGCCAAUCACCUGUAACAAAAGCAACACAAAUAAUGAUUAUAGAAUCAAUUACUUCUGGAGUCUAGCACUGCUUUAACCAACAGGACAUUUUGUUACAAAGUAUAACAGACUAUUUACGGAAGAAAAAUAAAUUACACACUUGACAAAACAUAUAACAAGCGAAUGUACACACUGACUUACCAUUCUCUAAACUUAAAUACGAUUCAGGGCUGACCCCAGUAAGGGUUAUGUUCCGUGGCCUACAGCAUUGUUUUGGGUGUUUAGGUUCAACCCCUAUUACCUCACAGUCAGAAGUGGAUGGUGAUGUUUGUGGUGGUUGUGUUAAUGUGAGUGUUGUUGAGUGUUGUUUUGUUGUAGAUGGUGGCAAUGGGCUGGACUGUGUUGGUGAGGGUGAUGGUGAUGAACUUGGCAAUGGUGAUGGAGGCAGUGUUGAUGCUGGUGGUGGUGAGUCAGGUGUUGGUGAUGAACCUGGCAAUGGUGAUGAUGGCAAUGUUGAUGCUGGUGGUGGUGAUGAACCUGGCAAUGGUGAUGGCGGCGGUGUUGAUGCUGGUGGUGGUGAUGAACCUGGCAAUGGUGAUGGCGGCAGUGUUGAUGCUGGUGGUGGUGAGUCAGGUGUUGGUGAUGAACCUGGCAAUGGUGAUGGUGGUGGUGUUGAUGCUGGUGGUGGUGAGUCAGGUGUUGGUGAUGAACCUGGCAAUGGUGAUGGUGGCAAUGUUGAUGCUGGUGGUGGUGAGUCAGGUGUUGGUGAUGAACUUGGCAAUGGUGAUGGUGGCAGUGUUGAUGCUGGUGGUGGUGAGUCAGGUGUUGGUGAUGAACUUGGCAAUGGUGAUGGUGGCAGUGUUGAUGCUGGUGGUGGUGAGUCAGGUGUUGGUGAUGAACCUGGCAAUGGUGAUGGUGGCAGUGUUGAUGCUGGUGGUGGUGAGUCAGGUGUUGGUGAUGAACUUGGCAAUGGUGAUGGUGGCAGUGUUGAUGCUGGUGGUGGUGAGUCAGGUGUUGGUGAUGAACUUGGCAAUGGUGAUGGUGGCAGUGUUGAUGCUGGUGGUGGUGAGUCAGGUGUUGGUGAUGAACCUGGCAAUGGUGAUGGUGGCAGUGUUGAUGCUGGUGGUGGUGAGUCAGGUGUUGGUGAUGAACCUGGCAAUGGUGAUGGUGGCAAUGUUGAUGCUGGUGGUGGUGAUGAACCUGGCAAUGGUGAUGGUGGCAGUGUUGAUGCUGGUGGUGGUGAUGAACCUGGCAAUGGUGAUGGUGGCAAUGUUGAUGCUGGUGGUGGUGAGUCAGGUGUUGGUGAUGAACCUGGCAAUGGUGAUGGUGGCAAUGUUGAUGCUGGUGGUGGUGAUGAACCUGGCAAUGGUGAUGGUGGCAGUGUUGAUGCUGGUGGUGGUGAGUCAGGUGUUGGUGAUGAACCUGGCAAUGGUGAUGGUGGCAAUGUUGAUGCUGGUGGUGGUGAGUCAGGUGUUGGUGAGGGGCAUGACUCUGUUGUUGUUGUUGUUGGUGGUGGUGGUGGUGGUGGUGGUGAUUGAGGUAGUGGUAUCUGUGGCAGUUGGCUCCUCACAUAGUAAGGGCACAGGUCCUCCACAUUAA